UAGGUUAUGUGCAAUGUUUACUAUCAAAAAGACCUUUAACCCUUACGUACUUUUAAAUCUUUGUUAGUGUUUAUUGUUUAUGCGGAAGUAUUUCAAUCCGAACAAAGAAAUUAAUAUAUUUAAUUGUAUCAUUUUAGUUGUGCUAUUAGAAAUGAAGUGUUAACAUUAUUAAUUAAAAAAUGGAAGUGUUUGAGAGUUAUCUUGACGAAUUGAUUAAUUCUAGUGUAAAAACUCAGUUAGAAAAUGAAUUUUAUAAAAGAAUUGUUGAUUUAGAUGUGAAGAAUUGUGAUUGGAAAGAAUUUGAAGUUUUAGCUAAGAAAGUUUAUUUAUUGUUAGAAUCGAAAAAAGUAGAAAAAGAUUUAUUGUUUGUUAGUUUAGUUUUAAACAAAGAGUUAUUAGAGUUAUUUAUAAAAUAUGAUAAACAUGUUGUUACGUUAAAUUUAAAACACGCAAGUUCGUUGUUAAAUUUUACUUAUUUCACAAGAAAACAUUGGUUUAUGGAAGUUUUAGAUAAUUUAGAUACCCAUAUAAGUAAUUUAUCAGAUGAUAUUAAACCCAGUAUAAUUACAUUAAAAAUCAUUUAUAUUUUGCAAUCAAAAACGGUAAAUUUAGAUGAAUUAGAAAAUUAUUUAAAAUUUAACUCAAAAAUUGACGAUAUCUUACUACAAAACACAAUAGAUAAUCUAAGAUUCAAAUUCAAUUGUAUAAAAUUUAUCAAAACUGUAUAUCCAAACACUUGCGUAUUUAGUAUACACAAAAACUCAGUUCAUCUAAAUAUUUUAGAAACCCUAUCGAAAUAUUUAGAUUUAAAAAAUCGUAAAUUAUGGCCAGAUAUUUUAUUACAAUUAGAACACCAAGAAAACAAAAAGGAUGUGGAGAUCUUCAUCUCAUUUACAAUCUUCGUAACAAUCAUCCAAACUAUUGAGAAUUUAAAAAAAUCGAAAUCCGAGUGUUGCUUCAAAGAUGAACUCAAUCAACUUUUAGAAACAACCAAAUCAAAUAUUUUAUAUCUUGAAGACAAAUCACUCCAACUUGAUCUUCUUGAAGACAUCUUUGUAAUGAUGUUCGGACGAAGUGAACAUUUUACUGUCAAAGAGAUUGGAGAAUUUUACUGCACCAAUCAAAUUAUUAAAUUGUUACUCAAUUAUUUGAAAAAUAUCCUUGAAGAUCUCAAAAAAAGUUAUUCAUAUCAGGGUGAUUUUAAUCGAUUUAUUCAGCUUCAAAGAAUGGUGUCUGAUGCUUAUUGGAGAUACAAUUUAGUUACUGAAGUAAUAAGUUAUAAAAAGGAUCCAAAAUCGGUUAUGAAGUAUAUGUUAGCUAAGCCGGAAGCUUUGAUUAAUAUUUGUUUAAAGAAUGAUGAUUUGGAAAGAGCUAAUCAAGUAAUACAGGUGUUUAAAAUGCAGAAAUCGCUUUUAUAUCACGAAAUAAACUAUUCCCGGUAUAUUUCAUCUUUAAAACGAGAUAUUCGAAAUAUUGAUAAACAAAAUAUAAACAAAGAUGAACUAAAUCUUUUUCAAAAGGUGAUUGAAAAGCAUCAAAAUAAAAUUGUUGAAAUUUAUGAUUAUAUCGAUGGAAAUCAAAUAGAUAUCGAUCUUUUAGAUGUUUUAAUAAAUUUGCCAUUAAAAUAUGAAUCAUAUAAAGUUUUAUCGCAACAAUUAAAACAUAGUUUUAAAACUUCUUUACCUGGUUUAUCAAAAAUUUACGAUAAAAUACAAGAUGUAACCGAAAAAAAUUACAUUUCCGCCGAUGUUUUAUAUUCUUCUUAUAAUACUUAUGAUAUUCGCAAAUAUUUUAACACAUUAAAACAAUACGGAAAACUAGAAAAAGUUUAUAACGAAUUUAAAGAGCUAUACGAUACAGAUAAAGAUGGCGCUUUAAAUUUAGAUCACAUCCUAAACGAAAAAUUGUUAGAAAUUCAAGAUAUUUGUAUAUCAUUUAAAGUUGAUGAAAGAAAAGAUUACACACUUUACAUGCAAAAAUUAUUAAAAUAUCUUCGAGAAUUCGCCAAAAUCCUUUUUUCCGAAAAAAAUAACGAAGAUUUAAUAUCGAAAGGAAAAGAAGUUUCCGUUUUUGAAAUUCUUAAUCAUAAGAAACCUGAUAUUACUUGCAACUUACUGUAUAGAAGAAACCUAGAUGGUGCUGAAUUCGACGAAUUAUUUUGCAAAUUAAAAUUAGAUCUUCCUUACCACAUAACGUAUAUUUCAUUUCCUCAAAUAACCUUUGAUAUUCGAGGUAAUAUUGAAUCAACCGUAAACUCAACUUUACAGAAACCCCGACAAGAUGUAAUUAAUUACGUACAACGUAGAAGCUGGUUCUUAGCUUUUUUAAUCAACAAUAUUCACGGUCUAAAUGACACAAAAAUUGAACGUAACGAAGUUCGAGUUAAAGUUUUUAUGAAUUUGAUGAAUUUACCUGAUAUACAAAGAUUAAAAAAAUUAUUUAAUAAUAAUGAAACUCUUACGAUUCUUCAUCAAGAUUAUAGUUUCUUUUUAAAAAAUUAUUUCGACGAAUUAUUAUUAACGAGUGAAUCUUCGGCUCUUUGCGAUGAAGGAUACAUUAAAUUAAAAUUACCAAAAGAUACAACUUGGAAGUGUUUGUACGAACUUGUACUUACAAUACCAGAAAAAGAUAAACACGAAGAUAUCGAUAAUUUAAGAGACAUACUUUUAUGUAAUUUAAUUAAAGAAAAAAAUGAGGAAAAUUAUUGGAGUUUUGUUAGGUACAUUACCAACGACGAUUUGAGAAUGCGAAUUAUUAUGGAAGAAAUGCAACAUUGGCCAGGGGAAUUCUGUGUUGACGUUUUGAAAUCGCAAAUUUCUAAAUAUCAACAUCCAAGUGAAAUUGAAAGAUUAAUGUUGAGAUUUAAACAACUUGAAAUUUAUAUUAAGAUAAAAGAUCGCUGUAAUUAUUUAUCAUGGUUUGAAGUGGAUGAACUUUGUGUUAAUGAUCCUGAAAAGGUUAUGAUAUCCAUUUUACAGACAACUGAUGUAAGUUUCUUUUUCAAUUUUUAUGUUUAAUUUUUAAAAUAGUUAUUUAAUGGUUGAUUUUAAAAUU